AUGCUGACCAUACCAGCCAUCACAUCCCUGCCGUUUUGGAUAUUGUUACCGAAACCAUUAACCCCACAAGAUUCCACUGAAGAAGAAGCUGGACAACCGGACGAUCAAGUUAAACUCGAAAACGAGGAGAUGUCUUUGAGAAGGAAAUAUUAUCUUAUUCCUGGUCUAAUGAAAUACAUGAUACCUUUCGGUCUCAUUUACCUAUUUGAAUAUUUCAUUAAUCAGGGCACAUUUGAACUGAUUAAGUUUCCUGACGCUUCAAUAUCAGUAGAAUCUAGAAUCCCAGUAUAG